CGGGAGGUGUUAGAGACGCUUGGACCGGGGGUUGCUGGAGGCGACUCUUGGUGUUUCGGCAGGACAGGGGUAUCGCAGGGGACUUCAAGCUGUCACUUGGAGCACGACGCACAAGAGGGGUGGGAUUGCAGAGUGGGAAUGAAUGAAAAAAAUGUUUGCUGCAAUUAAGGUUAAGAUCUAACCGCGGUCGCAUGGGAUCAUCAGUUUGCGAGCGGCGACGAGCAGAGAGCAGAACAUGUCGAGGAGGAAAAUCGGAGGAGAGAUCAUCUUCAACAACAUUGCGGCGGUAUGCGACCUAAGAAUAGGCUGUGCAUGUUCAGAUCAGGUCACACCCAAGAGUUCCUGGCGCUUAAAGGCAUGGGUGGCUGCCCAUAUCGAAGAAUUGGAUUUGUUCCGGGGGAAAUGCCACGCAGCGAAAGGCGGCUUUGGACGAGGGUCCAAUUGGGCCCCAGCCACGCUGGCCAAUCAGGUCUCGACACCCCGCCUAACAUGGGGCUGGUCAGCGGGAUGCUGCAUGAUCUGUCACGGUCACUGCAUGUCCCUAUCGAACGUUGAGGUUGCUUUUCGAUACCCGAGGGACACAAACCAGGGCGGUUGCCAAAACUCUCAAAUCCGUCACACCUUGGCCGUGCUUGCGGUCAAAAUAAAAAUUCAAUUUAUUCACGGCAGUCGCCCCAGCCCAAUAUCGAGUGGGCUGACCAUCAUAUCAAUGAUAUCAUACGUACUAUUUAGAGAUGCUGUUUCAAGUCCGUGGAUGUGCCUGGUUUGACCAGAUUGACGGCCCUGCAAGGCUUGUCCAAGUAACAGCU